AUGGUUGUGGCUGAUCUUGGUACUCGUCAUAGCUCAAAAAAGGCGCUGAAUGUUGAGUCGCCAUCUUUUACGCCCUCACUUCUACAACCUGUCAACAAGAAGCCUACUUUUUCCUCACAAGCUGUGACUGCCCCGUCUUUCACUCCGCGCGGCCUAGGAGCCGCUACACCAUCUACUUUACCAGAUACCGAGGCGCCCAUGUUUAACCCUGCUUCUAUACGGGAAUUUACGCCCGGUUUCGAUCUCAGCUCCUCCUCCGCUGUAUCAACAAAUGGGACCUCUCAAGAUGGAACCGUCACGUACGAUCCAUUUGGGUUACCAAACCAAAACAUGGCCACGACGCCAUUCAACCCCUAUGCUGAAGAGCAUAAUACCAUGGCUGGUGCCCAGUCUACAUAUUUUCAACCCCAAAACGCCUUUGCGGCCCCAUUACAACCAUUGCAGCAUCAUCUCUACGCCCCGAUAGGGCCAUACCGAGAGGAUUUGAUGCCAUACCAUCGCCUUAGCCACGAAUUCUUCCUACCGGAGAAGCUGAGGGAGGAAAUGCAGAAGAAGUCAGAAGCGGCGCUGCAAGUAAUGCCUAAUUCCCAAUUGCCACAGUUGGACAGCUACCACUCCCUAGUUGCCUUGGAUACGACGCAUCGCAAAAAUGCAAACAUAUUUGGAUACCCCAGCUGGGUGUACAAGGCCACGUCGUCCAAAAACGGAAACCUCUACUGCUUGAGGAGAUUGGAAGGCUUUAGACUGACGAAUGAGCAUGCCAUUCGAUCUGUCAAGGAGUGGAAGCGGGUUGACAAUGCCAACGUUGUCAGCAUCCACGAUGCCUUCACCACAAGAGCCUUUGGAGACAGCUCCCUCAUCUUUGUGCAGGACUACCACCCGCUGUCCAAGACGCUGGCCGAGGCACACCUCACGCCAACUGUGGCAGCAGGCGGCCGAUUUCAACCCAAGCCGCCAGUUACCGAACAGGUUCUCUGGGGAUACAUUUCCCAGAUUGCCACAGCCCUCAAGUCGAUACACGACAACAACCUAGCAGCGCGCUGUGUGGACGUCAGCAAAAUUAUCCUGACGGACAAGAACCGGAUUCGCCUCAACGCGUGCUCCGUACUGGAUGUGGUUCACUUUGAUGUCAGACGACCGAUCCAGGAACUGCAGCAAGAAGACUUGCUGCAUUUCGGCCGUACCUUGCUCUGCCUUGCCACCGGCACCCUUCCCUUGCAACUCACCAACCUAAAUGCGGCCAUGGAGCAAAUGAGCAGGACCUAUUCUACGGAAAUGAGGGAUACUAUUACAUGGCUACUGACGCCGACGCCAGCGCCGGCACAUAAGUCGAUUGACGAGUUCAUUCAAGGCAUAGCGACCCACAUUGUGUCGGCCUUUGACCAGAGCCAGCAUAGGGCAGAUGCUCUCAACUCUGAGCUGUUCCGCGAGCUGGAAAAUGGAAGGAUUGCCAGACUCAUGAUGAAGCUCGGUACCAUCAAUGAGCGGCAAGAAUUCGAAGGCGAUAGAGCGUGGUCGGAAAACGGAGAGCGAUACAUGUUGAAGCUCUUUAGAGACUACGUCUUCCACCAGGUGGACAGCAACGGAAAUCCCGUCAUGGACAUUGGACACAUGAUACGCUGCCUUAACAAACUCGAUGCCGGCGUUGAUGAGAGAAUCUGCUUGACAAGCAGAGAUGAACAGACCAGCUUUGUUGUCAGCUACAAGGAGCUGAAGAAACAACUGGCAAAUGCAUUUAACGAAUUGAUAAAGACGGCCAAGCCAGGCAGAAACUUUUAAAAGAAAGAGCCCGGUCGCAGCAUAUAAGAGAAGAGACAGAUGGGGGAUACGACGCAAGCAAACCAUUGACGGUGUCCGGCAAGCCUUGCCACGACGAGCUGAACCAGAGACAAGAUAAAAGAGGCAGCGGCUCUGCGAGAGACCAUGGGUAAAUGAGUCGAUGAGAGUUUGCGACAGAAUACGAAAUGGAUUACAACAAUGUGGCGAGCGGCCUUUGCUGACACUGAACGAUUUUGAAAUGUUAUGUUUUUUCUGGAUUAUGUGUGGGAAGCGUGGGGGAAUAGAAGAAGAAUACAAGAGUGCAAGAUGGAAGAUGGAUGGGACAAGGGGAGAUAUUUGGGGGAGGCAUGUCCGCAGAUACAUAACGCCCAAAAAAAUAGCUAUAUACUAACUUACUGCCAAUCAAUUUACAUUACUAUUCACAAC